AUGGCGCAGGUACUGCAGCCUGGUAUUGAUGGUGUCAGUGCUGCUAGCUCCGCCAAGUGUCCGGAUCCAGUGCUGUCGUAUGGGCGGACUGGGGCUGAGCAACGGGAGAUCGCCUCUGCGAUGGGCUGGAACCAUACGGACUGGACUGUACACACUGUAUCACACGGCCCAUACUUAGUAGGCACUGUCGCCGAGCCACACUCGGCUUGUUUCGCUGCUCUGAUGACUACGUAA